CAGCCGUACGAGAGCAGCGAGAAGCGCUCCUAUAUAAACCUUUGGGCACAAAACCAAACCCUGCUUAGGGUUCUAUCAAUUUCUUUCAACGCCGCAACCGCAAAAUCUGUAGUUUUUUUCUUUGUAUCAGACAAUCUUCUCCGCAAGAUGAAGAUUCUACCUGUUCGGCGUAGAUGAAUCAAAUCAAAUAAAACUUCUCACAGCUCCAUUGCAUCCCGUCUACAUGGCGACGGCGAACCCUUUCGAUCUCCUCGGGGAUGACGACAACGACGACCCGUCUCAAUUGAUCGCUUCGCACCAGCAGAAGCUUUCUGUCAAGAAGCCCGCCCCAUCGGUUUCGGCAUCUGCUGCCCCUUCGGCAAAGCUUCCUUCGAAGCCCCUUUCUCCAGCACAGGCAGUUAGAGAAUCGAGGAAUAGCAACACAGCGCCGGUGCGCGGUGGUACUGGCCGAGGGGGAAGUGUUCGAGGUGCUGGCUUCGUACAAAAUAGGUAUUUGGGGGGCCGGAGUACCAAUGGAUAUUCUGUCGGUGUUCCUGCUGAAGAUGGCGAUGCUAGCAAGGCUUUGGAAAGGGAUCGAGGAAGCUACGGAUCACCUCGGGAGGCCUUUCGAGGUGGGAGGAAUGGAGUGGUCGUUAAUGGAAACGCAGAGGAGAGAUUUGAUCCAGGUCGUCCUCCAAGAAGAGUUUAUGAGCGUAGAAGUGGAACUGGGCGAGGGUUUGAUGUGAAAAGAGACGGCGCUGGACGUGGCAACUGGGGUACUGCGACUGAUGACUUCAUCGCACAGGAGACGGAGAAAGGUGGCAACCUAAAUGAGAAAGAUAUAGCUUCUGAGAAACUGGUGCAGAAAGAGGGCCAAACAAUAGAUGCAAGCAAGGAUGAAAGAGAUGCAUCAAAUGAAGCAGAAGAUAAAAAACAGGAAGAUAAUGAGAUGACUCUGGAAGAGUAUGAGAAAGUAAGGGAGGAGAAAAGAAAAGCCCUACUGUCAAUGAAGGUUGCUGAGAGAAAAGUUCAAUUUGAUGAGUUUAAGGAUAUGCAACAACUUUCUAUCAAGAAAGGAAAUGAUGAUGUUUUUAUCAAACUGGGUUCUGAUAAAGACUUGUCUAAAAGAAAGGAAAAUACUGAAAAAGAAGAACGUGCUAAAAAGGCCAUAACUAUUAAUGAGUUUUUAAAACCGACUGAAGGAGACAGGCGCUACAGCCCAGCUGGUUUUGGCCGUGGGAGAGGCCGCGGAGCAUUCAGAGGUGGCUAUGUUAGUAACAAUCUCUCUUCAGCUUCCCAAGCCGCCCCUUUAAUUGAAGAUCCAACGCAGUUUCCAACUCUUGGUGGGAAGUAAAACUUAUACAUGUUGAAUAAAUCUUUUAUCUAUGUUUUCUUCCACUUCCAUGUUUUCUUCCACUUCCAUUUUAACGUGCUUGUGGGCAUUUAUAAACAAAUAAUCAGGUACUGUAUUUGUAAAAUAUUUUUUUUCUUUAAGUUUUGACUGUAAUGGCCUUUGUUGAUAAGUCUAUUUAAUUGGUUUUACUGUGCAUGGG